AUGGCUGAACAAUACGGAAUAUCUCAAACGGAAUAUGAACUUAUUAAAAAACAAGCUGCUAGGCGAGCUGAAAUGCGUCGUGAAUUCCUGAAACAGCGGACAAACCCAUUUAAACAUGCCGCUGAAGCUGGCUUUGUUUUCGACGAUGCCCAUCAGAGAUUUAUCUCUAUGAAAGUAACGCAAUUUGAAUAUUUCAAACCCAAUCGAAGAACUGCUAUAUUUGGAAUUGGAGCUGUUGUUAUACCUAUGUUUUUGUAUGGAUUUCUUAUUCAUAAAGAACGAUCAAUUCGAGAAGCAAAAUGCCGAUCUGGAGAACUUCGGUACAGAGAUAGACUAUUUAAGCUGUCUUAA